CAGUGUAAAUCGACAAACGAUCGAGUGAAUCAAGGGACCAGUUUCGGGAAGAGUGGUAUUGAGUUCGGUGUGACCAGUUUGACAGCUUCGUCUGUCCCUUGGCUUCCAACAGUGUCCACAGUGUCUGUCUGUGUGUAUGAUAGUGUGUGCACGCGCUUCUGUGUGUUAUGAUUAGCCUCCGCUAGCGACUGGUCGUUGCCACAUCGCAUCUUUGUUUGUAUUUACCGACCCCAAACACAGUCCAGCCACACCAUGUUGCGGAGAGCACUGGUGGCCGCAAUGUUGCUCCUGCUGACACUGAUCCUGCUACAGUGCGACGGUCGUGCGCUGAAGCGAGGAUCGAACGACAACGACGAUGACGGUUACAGCUUCCUCUCAAAGCAGGGCGAGAACGCUUGCGGGCAGCUGCCACCGCCGGUGCUGACCGAAAUACUAGGACCGGCGUUCAAUCCACGCUACAUGAGCAUCGAGGAGCCACCGGUAGCGGACAGCGGUGACCACGCGAACCCGGCCGGCAAGCGAGACGCGGAACCGUUCCCCCCGUUCUACGUCGACGAUACGUACUCGCUCGAGCUGAGCAACAAGCCGGCCUGGGAGGUGAGCCACGUCUCCGAGUCGAUCCCGCACGGCGACGGGGAUGCACGGGUCCGAACCCGGCGCGAUCUGUUCAACGACAUCCUCGAGACGAUGGCGGAACCGGCAGCGGACACAACGGCAGCAGAGCCGGACGAUGGUAGCAAUCCGGCAGCAGCAGCCCGCCCGGUCCGAUCGUUCGGCGGCAAGGGACGCACGCGAUCGCCCGGUACCGGCGGUUCGCCCCGGCCCUGGGAGUGUGAGGCAAAGAUCCGGUGGAUCGACCUCGGGCCGGAGUACUUUCCGCGCUUCCUGCGGACGGUCGAGUGUACGCGGCAGAAGUGCUGGUACGGCCACUACUCCUGCCAGCCGCGCUCGUUCACGGUGAAGAUCCUGCGGCGGCGGACGGGCGAGUGCGUGCAGAGCGACCGGUUGCGGCGCAUCGGCGUCGACGGGCUGCCGGGCGAGCUGCGCGAGCUGUGGGUGUGGGAGGAGCGGGCCGUCAACUUUUGCUGUGACUGUGCGCCCGCCUUCUGAGGGCGGGUGCUGCUUUCCGGCCGGUGGCGAUGUUGUAUAGUUAAGCGUUUAUUUAAAAAAAAAACACAAAAAUACCAAACUCCUUCCUUCACCCCUUCCCCUCCCUCGCUUCUAAGCUCGCACAUCUUAAUGUUGACAUUCGGAUAAGUGGCCAAAAAACCCCUGCAGCAGUUUAGUUUUAAGAAAGACAGAGCCGUUGGAGCCGUGCCGGAACCGUGUACAUAUAGUCGUUAAGGGAGGGGUUUUCGGCGGAUAGCAGGAACCUGCGCCAAGACGAUCGUUUUGCCCGUUAUUUCGCUUGGGCGAGUCCUGCAGCCCAACAACACGAGCCGGGGCUGGGUGUACGUGCGCCUGACCAGGGUGCGCCUGUGUAGGUGUGUGUGUGUGUGUUGGGCGUGUGUGAUGACCGAAAUAAAU